CUGCCCAUGGCCGUCUCCAGCCGGGGCAACGCGGAGGCCCUGGUGGCGCUGCUGGUGCUCGCCACCCUGUACUUGGUGGAGGGGGGGAGCGUGGGGAAGGCCGCAGCCUGCUACGGGCUGGCUGUGCACCUGAAGAUAUACCCGCUGACCUACGCGCUGCCCAUCGCGCUCCACCUGCAAAGCGAUGUGGUUUCAGCCUCGGUGCAAGGUCAUGGUAACACAAGAGCACGCUCACACACAUGUUUCCAGUUCAAGAAGUUCAAAUCAGGGUCCCCACUUACUUCAGAUGCAGGUCUGCAGGGGGGCACAGAGAUGCUGGCUGCCUUGACUGUUGCAUUUUAUCACCUCUAUGGCUGGGAGUUUUUGGAGCAUGCCUACCUCUACCACCUGACCAGGAGGGAUAUUCGUCAUAACUUCUCUCCCUAUUUCUACAUGUUGUACUUAACUGCGGAGAGCAAAUGGAGUUUUGCCCUUGGGCUCGCAGCUUUCCUGCCCCAGCUGCUUUUGCUCCUGGUUGUGUCCAUAGCAUUUUACAGAGACCUUGCCUUCUGUUGUUUCCUACACACCGCUAUUUUUGUCAGCUUUAACAAAGUAUGCACAUCCCAAUACUUCGUCUGGUAUCUCUGCCUUUUGCCCCUCAUAAUGCCUAGUGUUAAGAUGUCCUGGUGUCGUGGUGUGCUGCUUCUCUUUCUGUGGUUUCUUGGACAAGGCCUGUGGCUCGCUCCUGCGUACUUUCUGGAGUUCAAAGGAUAUAACACUUUUUUACUUAUAUGGUUGGCAGGCUUGCUUUUCCUUUUUAUUAAUAGCCUCAUAAUUGUUCAGAUUAUUUCACAUUAUCAGAAAGAACCACAAGCUGCAAAAAAAAUCAAACAACAGUAA